AUGGCUGAGCAGCCCGUCCCAGAGAUAGCCCUGCUAGCCCAGGUGCUGGCUGCAGGCAGCACGGAGGCCCCUGCACUCCGCAGCAGCCGCCGUGGGUCCCAGCCUGCAGCCCCGGCCCGGGGCCCUGAGGACAGCAAAGCUCCCCCUCUGCUCUCCCGCCGCAACUCCGUCCUCAGCCGCCGCAGCUCCUUCGGCAUGGGCCCGGGGAGCAGGCGGCCCUCCUGGAUGCUCCACAGACGUGUCAGCUUCUCUGGGCUCCCCAUUUUCCAACCCAUCCUCAAGACCCGCCUUGAAAACACUUACAGGAUAGGGCCAGACAAAGGCUGCAGGUUUGAUGCGGAGCGGGUGCAGCGGGUGCUGGAGGGGACCCUGGCCUGUGCCUUGGGGACCACAGUGUACAGUGCCCAGGGCAGUGCCCCACUAGCCCUGAGCCUGACUGAGCUGCUGCAGAACCAGGCCAAGGAGGUGGUGCCACCCCGCUACAAGCUGGUCUGCCACGUGGUGCUGGGCCAGCAGGGCCAGCAGAGCCUCUUGGUGGCCAGCCGGGGACUGUGGGACCCUGAGACCGACAGCUUUGCCUCUGCCACCUUCUCCAACGCCUCCCUCUUUGCUGUAGCCACAGUGUAUGGGGUCUACUUCGAGUAG